CUACUUCAAAACCACACAAAAAUGCGUCUUCGGAGCAAAAGUUGGGCCUUAUAAAAAUUUAUAAACCCAUGUCGCUUUUUACAAGCUGGCUCGUCUGGGAUAUUGCCGAUCAGCAACCACAUUCAGCCUAGCUGAUAACUGCGCAGACGUCCCCUAAAUGUAUCUGUUCGACAAGUAUUCAACUUUUUUUCAAUUGAUUCUGCUUCACACAGAUUAGUUUUUAGCCACAGCUAUUCAAUAAAUUUUCUAUUAUGAAAGUAUACAGGCACUAGUCUCUACAUUCGACAAACCAUCGAAUUUAUGGACUCUAUGCAAAAAUUUUUGUUUAAACCUAAUGACGAUGAAGUGCGCAACAGGUGGCGGAAAGAGCUGAAUUUAGGAAUGAGGCAACUCGAUCGCAGUAUAAAUAACAUCUCUAAAGCAGAAAUUCAAGCUAAGAGGGAGAUUAGAACCCUUGCCAAAAAAGGUAGGAUAAGCAAUGCCAAAAUACUAGCCAAAGAAAUUGUUAGAAACAGAAAAAUCAAAGAAAGACUCUAUAUUUCAAAGGCACACCUUCAUAGCAUAUCCAUGUAUUUGAGACGGAAUCAAUCGAUUUCAGCAUUGGUAGAUCGUAUGAAAGAAAGCACAGACAUUAUGGUAGCUAUCAACGAGACUAUAAAAAUUCCCCAGCUGCACCAAAUAAUGAUUGGCAUUGCCAAAGAAAUGGAAAAAGUGGGCAUUAUCGAAGACGUUAUAGACGAUAUUUUGGAUGAAGAAGAAGGACUAGAAGAAGAUGUCGAGGAAGGAGUAGAUGAGAUAUUGGCCGAGAUCGCAAUGUCGGUUGGUAAAGAGCUUCCUGCUGUAUCAAGCAAAACAAGCCACGAGGAAUUAAAGAAUGUCUUGGAUGAUAAAGAGGAGGAAAGGGGUCAAAUUGACAUAUGAUGAGCGUUUUACGCGUGGAGCUGUGCACAAUAUUGUGGGUGCACCAUUCGUUGUACUACAGAUAACACAAUAGCAACACAUGAAACAGAGCGCUUUUAUUUGA